GUUUGUUUUUACAGAGCGCGAGUACCGGAACUGUACUGGUGUCGAACAAUCGUUUAACGGUUAUGUUUACACUUUCUGUCCGCGAUUAAUACCGUAGUUUAGUGGUCUGCGCCAUGGCUCUGUACGGGGGUGUCGGAGCCAUGGCUUUACCUAGCGAGCUUAUCGUCCAUAUAUUUUCCUUCUUGUCCGACCGUGACAAGCUUCGGGCCUCGUCAGUGUGCUCUCGCUGGAGGGAGUGUCUGUUUUACCCAUCGCUUUGGACGGAGCUGAAGUUGCGUGUCGGAGGUGGUGCAAACUGGGGAGGCUCUGGCACCGAACAGACCCCAAGAUUAGAAUUUCUCAUGAGGAAGUUUGGCUCUUUCGUGCGCGAGCUACAUCUCGAGGUUGCGGCUGUGGAAGGAUAUCUAAGCCCACUGAGCGGAGUUGAGGGCAGGAUGGAACCUGUAGAAAGCGACCCUCCUUUGCCUGACCGCUGGAAAAACGCAAUGAUCACCUAUUUGGAACAGGUGUUGUGUGUGCUCGGAUGUAUUCGAAACAACAGGUAGUUGGAUAGUUACAACAAUUAUUCAAUGCAUGUUUAAAGCAAAGUGCGUCAGCAACUCCAUACUUGUCAAUUUGAGUGUUUGUCGGGUCGAAGUCAGCUAACGUUUAGUAGCUAGUUUAGCCUACCUAUAAACAAACCCAUGUCAUUACGUAAUCGGGUCAUGUGGUUAAUCUACGGAUUUCUAUUUAACGUUACACUGCUUGUGUGGUUUUCAAUCUGUUGAAGCUAUAAUCUAACUACUUGGUAUAGGGCAUGUCAGUUUGAAGUGUGUUUUUCUGCUUGCUAUGCAGAGAAUGUUGCAAGGAUUUUUUACAAUUACAUUUGAACAACAUUGCAUCAGUGGUGGUCAUGCUCAGGCUGAACCACUGAGGUCAACAAUGACAUUGGCAGCAUGCUGUCAAAUGCAACUCUUGUCUUUUCAAACCUGUACUUGCAAUAUGCCAAUAUCUUUUGGACACAUUUGUGUCCUGAAAAGUUCCACUUGCACUGCCACAGAGAUGGCUUAAAGGUGUCUUGAGGCAUUUCUUUGAUGGUAACUAAUUCCAGUGUUCAUUCAAUAACAGCACACUUGUGAAAGAGAGUUCAAGAGAUGUUAGUGGCACAGUCAAAUGAGGAAAGCUGGGUUUGUGGUAGUGGACCAAACUCCACUCAAUGGUGAAGGAAGUCACCAUGGAGUGGAAUUUAGUCCGCCAGGUUUGUGGUGGACACCAGUGUGUGAUGUUGAAAGGUGCUGAUUGUCAGAGGCCUUCUGGCAAAUUGGUGAGGACAUACUGUUUGAUUGUGCUUGCAGUUGUUUGUUGCAGACCACAAUUAGAACAUACUGUCACUGACCUCCACUAUGGCUGAUUGUGUCCGAUUUUGACUAAAGCUCAUAUCUCUCUCACCCCCUCCCACCCCUCUCUCUCGGCCCGUUCUCUCUCGCUCCCUGUCUCAGAAAUAUCCAGAAGCUGAGUCUGUAUGGGGAUACCUGCAUUCUUCAGGAUGAGGGCAUUCUGGACAGUGCCUAUCUCAACCAGGUUGACCAAGGAGGCAAGAAAAUCAAAGAGUGAGUAGCUUUUAGGCAAGGCUACAUCUUGCCCAGGGAGACAAAAGGGCAUACAGCAGGGCUCUACACUGACCUUUUUUACAAGGAGCACGUCUGCACCUAAGUUGAAAAAUGUAGGCACACACAAAGAAAUGUAUGAAGCUAGAAUCGUUAAUUUUUCUUCCAGGUCGCACAGAAAAAUACUCAGUUGAAAUUCAGCCUCAUAUAAUUACAUAGAACACAUAGGUACUUUAAUAGGAUCUCUGUUCUGCCCAUACAGUUUUUGUUUCUGUAUUGAUUGUCAGUGAGUAGGCCUUUAUUUGCAGAUAUGGAAGAGAUACAAAAUUUUACAAACGUUUUCAAACUUUAUUUCUGUGUUUUCCUCUGGGCCGGGGUAGGAUCCAGCAGCUGUUAGUGGAGGUUCUGUCUAACAGCAGGCAGAUAAAGUGGCUGUCCUCUGCCUUCAUGCUGGGCGUGGUGACCCCAUGCUCCCUGGCCUCUCUGUCCAACCCCAGCGCCGGCUCCCUGGAGCACCUCGGCCUGCUGGACAACCAGCUGCCUUGCCUGGUCUCACCUGUGGAGCUGGAGCGGCUGGUCCACCUGCGUUCCCUGGCCCUCGACUUCUGUGACUUCACCUCUGAGUUGAGCCACCUACUGGCUGGAGGAGACCGUGCUCCACUACAUCGCCUCUCCCUGAUGCUCAACGGCGCUGCUCUGGAGGCUAAGCCGCUGGAUGGCACCGCCAGUGAGGAUGACUGGAAGGCCCUGGUCCACCGCAGCGCUAACCUGCGGGUCUACAUGAUGGCCCUGGAUGUUUGCAGCCAGGACCUGCUGAGGGUGCUAAAACCCAGCCUGCCCCUGGAGAGGAUCCACCUUGACAGCUACUCCACCUUGGUCACAGACGGCACCCUGGAGCUCAUUGCCCAGCAGUACAACAAGACCCUGAGCCACUUCGUCCUGAUGAGGGAUGACACCAGCUUCCCUGACCUCAGCAUCAACCGCAACGAGGACCCGCUGGUCCUACUGGCCUGGCGCUGCGUACACCUCUCUGUCCUGGUCAUCCACGGUGAGCCUGGCCCAGAAGCUAGCAUUACAUAGCUCACAACUGUUUUAGUGUAGCCUAACUUUUUAAUAGGAGUGAUUGAUUUCCAGUGGCAUGGGUUCUACAAGAUGUUCUGAUAGAAAUAUUUAUUACUGGUUAUUUCUGGGAGGAAUGUUAUGUCUAGUAGGGCUGACCCCAUUUAGUCGACUGGUUGAUUGUUUGGUCGAUAGGCUGUUGGUCGACCAAUAUUUCUUUAGUUGAGCAGUAGCAACAACAAAAAAGACACCGGUAUGAUUUGCGCCUGUCUGAGUGGACUGAUCAAUUGUGGAGGCCGUGGGGAUGGCACAGUCCAGCAGGCUAAGAGAUGUAAUACUGAAAUUGUAUAUGGUUAUAUUAUGUAAGAACAAUGGUGCAACACAAAUAAAAAUAUAAUUUUAUAACGUGCGCUUUCUCCCACGUUGGAUAGUGGUCGCUGUCCGCGGUUCUGAAACACAUCAGUGCGCUGUUGAAUUGGCACUUUUUCCUAGACCAUGUUGCUAAGUGCGUAAUAGCAAAGUUAACCAGCAUAUUGGUGUUGAGAACAAUGCGGUGGAGGCAGCAGCCAAGUUAGGAGAUGAGAAAACAGACCUUGCCUUAAUUGUCCAAGAAAAGUGAGAAGAGAGGAAACCCGAACUUAAUUAGGUCUAUAGGCCUAACUGUUAAUGUGCCUGACUUUAUAAAUCAUCCAUAAGCCUCCCGAGUGGCACAGCGGUCUAAGGCACUGCAUCGCAGCGCUUGAGGCAUCACUACAGACCCGGGUUCGAUCCCAGUCUGUGUCACAACCGGCCGUGACCGGGAGUCCCAUAGGGCGGCGCACAAUUGGCCCAGCGUUGUCUGGGUUAGGGGAAGGUUUGGCCGGGGGGGCUUUACUUGGCUGAUCGUGCUCUAGCAACUCCUUGUGGCGGGCCGGGCGCCUGCAGGCUGACUUCGGUCGUCAGUUGAACAGUGUUUCCUCCGACACAUUGGUGCGGCUGGCUUCCGGGUUAAGCGGGCAGGUGUUAAGAAGGACGCAUGACUCUACCUUCGCCUCUCCCGAGCCCGUUGGGGAGUUGCAGCGAUGAGACAAGAUCGUAAUUGGAUCGCAAUUGGAUAUCAGGAAAUUGGGGACAAAAAAGAGGUAAAAGAUAAUAACAUCCAUAUAUAUCUACAGAAAUAAGACUCAUCCUGCUUCUGUUGCCUGUUUGAGUGCUUGUUUAAUAGCCUACUGAUUCCGUGAGCACCAAGCCUCAAGCAACAACAUGUCAGAUAAACAAAUAUGGCUAUUUUUAGGCUAUUUUUAAUCUUUGCUAUGAUGUAAUAAAGGCUUUACACUUUUUUUUAUCGUUAUACCAGCCUCUGGUAUUAUUUAUAAUUCAUUUAGUGUUUGCACUGUUCCAAAUUGUCAGAAGAAUUAUAUUGAUAAUAAUAAUAACCCUCCUUUUUCCUUGAUCUCCUUCUUAUUUUUAUUAUUAUUAUGAUAAUUAUAAUAAUAAGUAAUGUCAUUCUCAUUAGUAGGCUUAGUAUAGAAGCCUUGUAUAACCACUAUCGAGCUGUAGGCCUAAGAUCGCAUCCUGUUUAGUCUUAAUACCGUAACUUACUUCGGCCUAUAUUUCAGUACUCACAGUGCAUUUGGAAAGUAUUCAGACCCCUUGACUUUUUCCACAUUUUGGUACGUUACAGCCUUAUUCUAAAAUUGAUUAAAUACAUGUUUUUCCUCAUCAAUCGACACACAAUACCCCAUAAUGACAAAGCUAAAACAGGUUUUUAGAAAUGUUUGCAAAUGUCUUAAAAAUAAAAAACAGUAUUCAGACCCUUUAGUCUGUACUUUGUUGAAGCACCUUUGGCAGCGAUUACAGCCUCAAGUCAUCUUGGGUAUGAUGCUAUAAGCUUGGCACACCUGUAUUUGGGGAGUUUCUCCCAUUCUUCACCUCCCUGACCAAGGCCCUUCACGUGUUACGGUGUUCAGAGUUUAUAACCAAUUUAUUGAUGUGAUUAUGAUAUGCUAUAGGUCAGGCCCUAUUGGUCACAUGCAUGCGAUGCUUACAUGUCACGUAACGAGAGCAAGGGUUGAGGGAAUAGGAAAUGUUUUUCCUACACAAAUUAAGGAUUUCGGUAACUUAACACUUCAGUCAGAAAUGGCUGUAAUUAUGAUGCUGCUUCAGCAACACGGACAGUGCGAUACACACUGUUGAUGUUCUGUGGUGGUCGCUGCAGCAGGAAGGAGCGAGAGGGACAACAGAUGCUAGUCACAGUCACGCGUUGUCUUUUUUUUUUUAACACAGUCUGAGCCAGGCCCGGCACAAUCAAAUCAAUUGCGGUCGGACUCCCUUUAGUCAUUUGUGUGUCUUAACUAUUUCAUCAAACAGUUUCCUUAAAGCAUCAGAGAAGCUCAGUGCAUAUAAUUGAUUUUAUUAAAACACAUAGGAUGUGUCAGUAUAUGGAAACAUUUCACAUUUUAAAAUUGACCAAUCGAUUGGUCGAGCAAGAUUAUUUAUUUUUGGGGGGGGACAGCCCUAAUGUGUGUAUUGCAGAGGUCAUAUUGGCAGCAUGUUGAUAUGUAUAGCACAGAUCAAAUGGAGUUGGUUUACAUUCAGUAUGCAGUAUGUUCUUUCUACAGUGGCUUUCAAUGUGAUUCUCCUCUGUAUGAACACUACAGGCUACACUGUGUGGUCCCACAAUCUGGUGGCCAUCUCCCGUCUGCGUGGCUCCAGCCUCAAGGUCCUGGCCGUGUCCGAGGAGAGCAUCGACUUCGACCCAGACCAGAGGGUCUUCAUGGAGGGUGACCCCGUCCACAACCUGGUGAAGGAGGUGUCCCUGGGCCUGGGGCGCGUCUGGCACCCCUCUAUGGACUCCAACCUGGUCCUCAGCGAGCCCACCCAGCACUUCCACAGGGAGAUGCAGAGCUUCAGCCUGGGCAUGUAGGCUAGAGCUACAGCCGCCAGACCAGGCCGUCAUCUGGGUCGUGUUCAUUAGGCAUCA